UUCCCUCUCGUCCCUGGAUCUGGAUGACGCCCAUCCCCGUCGCCCCGCACGAUGCCCCCAUUCCUCCCCACUUCCCCCACUCCCCCCAUGUCCCACUCCUCCCUCUGCCUCCCUCCACAAUCCAAAUCGGUAUCGGGGGGCACCGAGCCGCCGACCCCGCGCUCUCCCGCGCCGGUGCUGACCACCGCCUCCCAUCGUCGCUGCUGCCCAGCGUCGCCCGGCGACCUUGCUGCCGCGGAUGAGCUGCUCGUCGGCGACGUACUUCCCCGACACCGGCGCCUCGCCCGCCACCUCGUCGGCGCCGCCUCCCCGCCAAACUGCAUCGUCCUCGCCGAUCGCCUCCCCAACGGACCCCCUCGCGCCACGGCAGAACCCCUGCAACGGGGACACCAAGACGGACGCCGCUGCUACCCAGUACGACUACGAUGUUGACGACCCCUCUCU